AUCACAUAUGCCUUCUCCUCUUGGUAGAUUAUCUCAUUCUAAAAAGAAAUGACCAAAACAUUUACAGUCUUCUCCUUAUUUACCUGAAUGCUUAUCUAAGCAUACAUAAAGAUACUAUAAAUAACAUGCAUACACAGAUGACUCAUUCUAUAUAUAAAUAGAACUAUGUAAUAGGAAAUUUACCGUACGUUGUAUCCUGUAUUUAGUAUCCCUACAAAAUCUGAUGUUAUUAACUUCAAAUCAUUCAUACGGAUAGGAAGACGAUAUAACAUACUGAGAGAACAAAAAAUACGAUGGGAAAUUCCGGAUCUGGAGAAUUCGCCUAUGAAAAACAUCAUCCGCUGAAACGUUUUCCUAUGUGUGGAACCAAAUGGCAUAUGUAUCCUAGUUACACAGAAUUUGCUGCAUUAUAUUUAUCUAGAACCAUAUCAACAAGGAGUUGUCGACGCAGCAUAGGUGUGCACAGAAAGCAAAAUUCAUCCAUAGCAUACUGUACUGACAAAGCUGAAAGCAGGAGGCCAAUGGACUUACAAAAAAGAAACGAAACGUGUUUAAUCUGGAGAGAAAAUUGUAUGGCUUUCAAAACAGAACUCGACGUGGAAACGUCGCAAGAGGGUUGUCGCUUGACAUUUAUUGAGCAAAAUGAAUCUUCAACAUCAGGUAAGUUUGAAAUGCUUCGAAAUGAGAAAAAAGCGAAAUCCGGUCAAAUAACUAAACGCGAACUUGAGCUAGAACUAGAAAACAAGGAACUGAAAUGGAAACUUGCAGAGAGCGAAAAGGAAAAACUUGAUAUAAAGCAAAAACAUGAAAAAGCUUUUAUGACACUCGUCAGCGACAAUAGAAAAAUGAAUGAAAAUUUGAAGGAAAUUCAAGUUCAUGUUCGGCGAGAGAAGAUUGAGAGUGAACAGACAAAAGACGAAGUCGAAAGAGUUCUCCAAGAAAGAGAAAAAUUGAUUGACGAGGUAAAAGCUCUUACCCAAGGUUUUGAGAGGAUGAUUGACGAAAAGAAACGCAUGCAAAUUAUCAUUGAAACAAGUAUUUCAUCUUUUGACAGCAAGUUGCACGCAAAGGAUGAAGAAAUACGCGAUCUACAAGAAACGAUCGACAAUGACAGAAAACAGUUCAUGGAGGAACGCGAUGAAUACUUGACAGUGAUUGAGUCACUGAAAGCUGCGCUAUUAAUGCAUGAAAACCGGGAAGUAAGAAUCAUGUAACAACAAACACAUUUCUGGGAUUGGAAAACAGCACACUAAGACAUGUGUUAUUACUACUUGUAUGUGUUUUUCUUCACCAAGUAUUUCUUAAAACCAUUUUUAGUUUAUGAUAUGAAAAGCUAUGACGUUGGUAUUCCGACAGGAACAUAUCCUUGUUAGAUAUAGAUGUCGAUUGUAUUUUAAUUACUAUCGCUAAAUCAUCAAAACUAAUGUUAUUGACAUAAUGCUACUCCCACGAUGAUUAAUCUUCAAAUUGUAUAUUUCAUUAUUUUUUUUAUAUACUAUUUAAAUUAUAUCGUUUUUGAUAAAAUAGUAAACUUUGCAAUGAAUAUCUAAAAUUUUCAUACAAACAUUUUUUUGCAUCAUACUAAUCAAAACCAGUCAUUUACUGAUAUAAGCUAUUCGCUUAAUAUGAUAAUUAUAUACCUUCUAUCAUUCCAUUAUCAUAUUUGAUAUUUGAUAUUUAUGCAGGCGCACUAUAGGGAGUACAAGUAUCAUGGUUCAAUUUAAUGUUUUUUGUGAAGAUUUAUCUUAUAUUAUUCUUUUUUUCAUAUUUUGUCUUUAUCUCUUUUUUAGG